AUGAGAACUUUUCAAUAUCAUUUAUAAUUUUUAUUAUUUAAUUACUGUGAUAUUUUUGUUAAUGAAUGUAUUAAAUUUUAUUAUAAUUAUUAAAAAUGUUAUCAAAUCAAAGUAAUUUAUUAACUAGUGAUAUAACGGCAUCAACUGAGGAUAUUAAUAAUAGAGAAUUCAUACCAAUUACAUAUCAUUGGUUUUAUAAAACAGAUACUGAUGGAAAAAUUACAUGGGACGCAUUUUCCAAAAAGGAUUCACAUAAUAUUGAAUUAGCGUACUUAAAAAAAGAUGGCUCUUCCACACACAUAAUUCAAACAAAUGGUGGUCGUUAUGACGUAAACAUAAAAGAACGCACCCGCACAAGUGUUUAUUGGAAAGAAGCCGUCUCAGAAGUGAGGCGUUGUUCAUGGUUCUACAAAGGUAACAUAGAUGGCCGCUUCAUCCCAUACACCGAAGAUAUCGGUGACCAACUCGAAACCGAAUACAAAAAAGCAUAUCAGGCAAAUGAAUGGCAUCAUACGGUUAAUUUACUUAAUGGGGAAGUUGUUAUAUUCCACGGCCCUGAUAUUUUAGUUCAUUUUAUUAAACAAAUCAACGUUGAUCCAUCUCAACAAGCGAAUCAAGCGAUUACGGCGAAUAUAAAUUUAAUAAACGAUAUUGAAAUUGACACGGGUAACGUAAAUAAUGCAGACGUAUCGUACACGCGACCCCGGGUCGUAAAAAGAGGUGCUUUCGAUGAUAUUUUUGACAUAGACGAAGUAGGGGAAGAUGAUAAUAUAGAUCACUUAAUAUUUAUGGUACAUGGCGUUGGAUCACGAUGUGAUCUUAAAUUUCGAUCGUUAGUUCAAGUCGUUAAUGAUUUUCGACAAAUUUUAUCCCAAUUAAUUAAAUCUCAUUAUAAGACAUCGUACGAGAAUGGAAGUGUAUCUCGAAUUGAAAUUUUACCGAUUAGUUGGCAUGAUAAAUUACAUUCGGAUGAAGAAACGGGUAUCGAUCAAAAAAUGAAAAAUAUAUCUUUAGAAAGUAUUCCGUUACUUCGAGACUUCACGAAUGAUACAAUCUUGGAUGCUCUCUGUUAUACGUCCCCUAUUUACUCCCAAACGAUUAUUUCAUGCGUAGGAGAUGAAAUGAAUCGGCUACAUAAAUUAUUCAUGUCAAGGAAUCGAGGUUUUAAUGGGGGAGUAUCCUUAGCUGGACAUAGUCUUGGUACGCUGAUCAUUUUCGAUAUCCUAUCGAAUCAAACCAACGGAGAAUCGAAUAAUAACACCAAAGUACAAUUACCGGAAUUAAAUUAUCCCCGUCUAAAUUUCGAGCCACUCGCAUUCUUUGCGCUAGGAUCACCAAUAUCUAUGUUUAUUACAAUUCGAGGAAUUGAUACUUUGGGUGUCGAUUUUAAAUUUCCAACAUGUCAAAAAUUCUUCCAUAUUUUUCAUCCAUACGACCCGGUUGCGUAUCGAAUUGAAUCCUUAGUCAAUCCGGCGGCUUCUAAGUUACAACCCGUUUUGAUACCACAUCAUAAAGGACGUAAACGGAUGCAUUUGGAAUUAAAAGAAACGAUGUUGCGAGUUGGGACCGAUUUAAAACAGAAAUUUAUGUAUUCGUUACGAAAUACAUGGAAUUCGUUCUUUGCGCCAACAGCUCCGGUACUUAAAUCGUCGUCGUCGAAUAAAUUAAGUCAGUAUAAUCUUGAGGCGACAGCGAUACCUGAGAAUGAGAAUGAAAAUGUGAUUGAUAACAGUGAUAAUGAUGGAAAUAAUGCACAUCAUAAGGAGAAUAUCGAUCUAGGAAUGUUGAAUGGGGGGCGAAGGAUUGAUCAUGUUUUACAAGAAGCACCGGUUGAGUUCUUUAAUGAGUAUUUGUUUGCGUUACAAAGCCAUGUAUGUUAUUGGGAAUCCGAAGACACAAUUUUAUUAAUAUUAAAAGAAAUCUACGACUCAUUAGGAAUGAAAGCUGAUAAUCAAAUACCUCAACAAACCAUGACUAUACAGCCAGAUGAUGAUGAUUAAUCAUAGUAGUUAAUAAUUACAGUAGAACCUCGAUAACAUGUAACAUAAACUACAUAAUAUUUACAAACUAAAGCUUUAAUUUAAACUUUAGCCCUAAAUCCUCAACUUAUCGAGGUUUUAUUGUAAUAAAUUUAGGUAAAUUAUGUUGUAAAUUAAUUUAA